UCCACUUCCGAGUAAAACAACUAUUUUUCUAGCACGUGGAAUAAAGAAAUGGGAUCAAAAUCUAAACUGCUUAAUAGAAUAUCAAAAUCAGCCACUAAAACAAAAUGGAAAGGAAAGAGGUGGAAAAAAGGAAAGAGUAGCAGCAGUAAUCCCGACACGAAACGAUUUAGGGAUGCUGCGAAAACUAGAUUUUUCCAACCAAUGUCUGCAGGUUCAGCAGGUACCAGUGGUUUAACCGUAGAUGCUUUGGCCAAACAUGAUGAAGAUCACUUUUCCAAAGAUACAGAUUCAUUACAAGAAGGCUUUGAAAAACUUUCUACAUCUGACAAACUUAGUGUUGGUGCUAAAACAUUCAACACAUGGGCAACUAAUUACACUGAAUGUACAAAUGUCACGUUUAAUAAAGUCCAUAGAUAUUGGUCGUCAAAUUCUGCUCUACACAAAGAAGUGAUAGCCAUUUUAGCGGCUGUGACAGAAGUAAUAAAGACCAAUGAUGGAAAUGAAACAGAAACAGAAUACUUUGCUGCAUUGAUGACAGCAUUAGAUACAACAGAUGAUGUAGAAUCACAGGCUGCUAUCUUGUAUUUACUCAGUCUCGUCAUUAAAAGAGUGCCAGUUGCAGUACUAAGAAGUAAAUUUGCUGAGGUGUCCAAGAAAUUCCUGGACUUGCUGGCAGCAAAUGUUGAUGGUGGUUCUACAGCACUUGUUAAAUCGCUGUUAUUAUCAUUAGCUGGUGUUUUGAGAGUACAAGACCAAGCAUCUUGGAGUAACACAUCAGUACAGAGAGUUUACAGUGGUUUACUCACAUUUAUAACUCACAAGAAACCAAAGAUCCGUAAGGCUGCUCAGCAAGGUGUUUGUCUUGUACUGAGAGGUAGUUUGUUUAUGACACAAGGGGAUCCCCCAUCAUACCAUCCUGCAGCUCAGAUAACAGCUAAAUACUGUAUACAGCAAAUAGAGAAAUGUGGAGGUACAGGAGAGGCAUUGGAUACCUUACAUACUUUAGCCCUGUUGAGGGACAUCCUGGCACAGUUUCCUCUAAACAGUAUGAAGUCAUGUUGUGAGACAAUUCUUAGAAUGAUGACUUUAAGUAAUGUGAUGGUAACUUCCUGUGGAAUGCAGACUUUAUAUGGAAUGUUUGUCAACAAACCAAAGCCUUCUAAUUUGUCUGCUGAAUUAAACGCUCAGUUGAUAACAGCAAUGUAUGAUUAUCAACCUUCAGAAAAUGAUGUGCAACCAAUGAGAGCUUGGUUGGCAGUGAUGGAAAAAGGUCAUAUGAACUUAACAAGAUUAGAUGAGAAGUUGUGUAUAAGCCACCUGCCCAGAUUGUUUUCCUCCACUAUGACCUGCCUGUUAUCUGAUAAGUCUGAUAUCACCUCAGCUGCUGCUAAAACCAUGAAGGAUGUUUUAAAUGAGUGUGUGACACCAGUGGCUGACAGUGUGAAACAUUUAGUGGACACUGCUCCCAGUGGCUCUGCAACACCAAUACAUAAGAUGGUUAAAGCUGUUGAGAGUGGACUAAGUUAUCAGUUCCAUUCUGUAUGGGGAUUAGUAUUACAGAUCUACACAGUCUUCUUUGAGGUUCUAGGAAAACAGUGUCCAAAGUUAUUUAAAAAGAGUUUACAGUCCAUAGUAGAUCUACGAGACAGUCCUAGAUUUGCCUAUAAAGCUGAGUUAGAUCAUGCUAUUGGGUGUGCAGUAAGGUAUAUGGGUCCACGUCAGGUGUUGGAGGCUGUACCACUCAAUAUAACCGGGGACAACGAUGAUUACAACUUCCCUCGUAGUUGGAUGAUUCCUGUGAUUAGAGAAAAUGUGUGUAAUACAGAAUUAGGAUUUUUCACAUCUUACUUCCUCCCAUUAGCAGCAAAAUUCAGACAAAGAGCUCUAGAAGCGACUCAGACAGACAACAUUGUAGUAGGUAAAUCGUACGAGACAUUACAACAUCAGAUGUGGGCUUUGCUCCCAGGAUUUUGUAACAAGCCCACAGAUUUAGUACAGUCUUUCAAAGGAAUAGCUAAAGUUUUAGGAACAGCAAUAAAUGAUCAUUCCAACUUACGAAUGGAAGUGAUGAGUUCCCUUAGGAAAAUAAUUAACCACUCAAUGACUGAGGAGGAGAGUAAAACAGAAGUGGCAAAGUUUGCUAAAAACUUUUUGCCAAUUUUGUUCAACAUAUUUACUGCUGAAUCAGACAAUACUAAAGAUCCUGUGAAGUUAGCUGUAUUAGAAACCAUUAAAUGUUACUUACAGAUAGCUGAUAUGAAUUUGGUGUCAACCUUCUGUGAUAAAUGUACCGAGAAAUUAGAAGAAGAAAAUAUUACACCUGCUAAAAGGCAUUCAUUAUUAGACAUAGCCAUGACAGAGUUACCCUAUAUAGAUGAUAAAAGAAUAAAACAGUUGUAUAGUAUAGCGUGUAGUUACCUGCAGUCUUUAGACAAAACAUUACAGAAGAAGUCUUACAGAAUAUUAGAAGAGAUUUGUAGUGGAAAUUCAGCAGGCUGUAAAACUUUUAUAUCCCAGAACUUGACAGACAUACAGUCAACAUUAUUAACAUCCUUGUCAUCAUCUAGUUCUUCGUCUAAAGCACCUCGACUUAGAUGUUUGAUAAACUUGUUCCAGCAGUUUGAUACAGAACAACCAGAAUUCAUGUUAGCAGUUAUUCCUGAGGCUAUAUUAUGCACCAGAGAAGUAGGAGAGAGAGCCAGAACAGCCGCCUAUAGUUUGUUAGUACAGAUGUGUAAAAGUCAAAUAGAACAUUCAGAUGAAUCUCAAGAUGAUGUAAUCUGUAAAUAUUUUAAGAUGAUAUUAGCUGGUCUUGGAGGAUCACCACAGAUGGUCAGUUGUACGCUGUUAGCACUGACAAGAAUUGUAUACGAGUUCAAAGAAAGUAUAGAUGGCAAUCUCCUAGGAAACAUAAUAGAAAGUGUGUGUUUACUUCUUACCUCUAAAGCUAGAGAGGUGGUCAAGUCAGCUUUAGCUUUCAUCAAAGUGUUACUGUCAGCAUACCAGGACUUUCAACUAGCAUCCCAUCUUAAACAGAUUAUGUCCAGUCUUACUAGCAUGAAGGACGACUGCAGACAACAUUUCAGAUUUAAAGCCAAAGAGAUAUAUGCCAAGUUAAUCAAAAAAUUUGGGUAUGAGACAAUAUUAAACAUGGCACCCAUUAGUAUUCAUAAAGUAUUGAUGAAUGUAAGAAAGACACAGGAAAGAAAUAAAAAGAAAAAGAAAGAAGAGAGAACAGAAGAUGAUGAGGACAGUGAUGAAGAACAUAGGAGAGCACGACCAGAAAGUGUUGAGGAAUUAUUACGAGAGUCAGAUUCAGAAAUGGAAGAUGACGACAAUAAAAAAUCUAGAGGUCAAAAGUCAAAGAAAAAUAAAGAUUCAAUCAAAGCUAAGUUGGCAUGGUUACAAGAAGGUGCUGACGACAUUGUUGAUUUUCUGGAUACAAAUGCAUCAAAGAAAGUCAUGGCAACAAGACCACAGGAUAAAUCUGAUACAAACAAAUCCAAGAAGUCAAAAGAGCGGCAAUACAAAACAGCAUCAGACGGCAGACUUAUUAUUACAGAAGAUAACAGUGAUGAAGAAAAACGAAAAGGUCAUAGUCAGAGUCAGAUGUCUGAGGAUGAGGAUUUGGAGGAUUUGUUCCAGGCUAUUGAAGGUAUUGGGAAUAAGAGAUCCAAGAAGAGAAAAAUAGAAGAUUUGGGAUCAGAUGAUGAAUCUGCUCGUCCUAAAUAUAAAGCUGGUGGUAAAGGUAUACACAGACCUAUUGGUGAAUCAGACUAUGGUAAAGAAUACAGAGCAAAGAAAGCUAAAGGUGAUAUAAAGAAGAAAGGACAACCAGAUCCAUAUGCCUAUGUACCUCUCCAGUUCCAGAGUUUGAAUAAAAGGAAAAAGGCCAAAAUGCAAGGACAGUUUAAAAAUUUAGUGAAAGGUGCCAAAAAGGGAGCCAUGAAAGGAACAAAAAAGAAACAUAAAAAGUGAAAAUGUACUGUUAUUUUGUUAUUGAGUGUGAUGAUAAAUUAUGUUAAUGGUAUUGUUAAUGUAAUAAACAUGUAUAGAUUGU